UGGCAACUCUGCUUAACGUUACUGAGGCAGACAGGACCUUUUCCAGCCUAAAAUACUGGAAGAUGACAAUAAGCUGUUCAGAAGUGACUGUCAGAGGAGCAAAGAAUGAUUCAAAAGCAUAUGAGGUGCUGGAUGCUUCCCACAUCACUGAGAGUAACAGUCUGCUAUACCUGUGAUCUACAAUGAAUGCCAAAUCUGCAAUCAGCAAAGAGAUUUUUGCCCCACAUGAUGAAAGGAUGCUGGGAGCUGUUCAAGUGAAAAGAAGAACAAAAAAAAAGAUUCCUUUUCUAGCUACUGGGGGUCAGGGUGAAUAUUUAACGUACAUCUGCCUGUCAGUGACAAACAAGAAACCAGCUCAAGCGUCUAUUACAAAGGUGAAGCAGUUUGAAGGCUCCACGUCCUUUGUCAGGAGAACGCAGUGGAUGCUCGAGCAGCUUCGCCAGGUCAACGGAAUAGACCCUAAUCGGGAUUCCCCAGAAUUUGAUUUACUAUUUGAAAAUGCAUUUGACCAAUGGGUAGCAAACACAGCUUCAGAAAAAUGCACAUUCUUUCAGGUUCUACAUCACACUUGUCAGCGAUACCUUACAGACAAGAAGCCAGAAUUUAUCAACUGCCAAUCUAAAAUUAUGGGAGGAAACAGCAUACUCCAUUCAGCAGCAGACAGUGUGACAAGCGCAGUACAGAAGGCAAGUCAGGCCUUGAAUGAGCGUGGUGAAAGGCUAGGUCGUGCAGAAGAAAAGACAGAGGAGCUGAAAAACAGUGCUCAGCAGUUUGCAGAAACUGCACAUAAGCUUGCCAUGAAGCACAAAUGCUGAGAUACUGCCCAAAGUUGAAAUCUUCUCAAGAGAAGCUGAAAAGGCUCGAAUCAGCAACUUUUACAGGAGAUUCAGUCUUCUGUGUGCUUUUUCCUUCCCAUUCAGUGGAGAUGCAUUCUUUCAGUUUCUGUGCAGGAAAAAGUGUUGCGUUUCUACUUUUCUGACUUCUUUCUGUUCCUCUUUUUUAAUAUUGCUACACAGUCCUGCGGUACUUUCUACCUGUAUUUCAGUUGUUACAGGAGUGAAAGCAGACAUUGAAAAAGGACCAAAUGACAAGCAGAUCAGGAUUAAAAUAGUAAUAUUCUUCCAUGGUUGUACAAAAAGAAAGAUUGAACUGAUGGUGGACAUGUAUGUGGAAAUAAAAUCCAAAGAAGGGGUAUAAUUUUCUUCAUUUAAUGUAGCAUCAGCAGAAUGUGAAUGAAUGUUAGAAUUAAACAUCUAGGGUUGUAGCUAUAGCGGAGGACAAACAGCUUUGUCCUGGGAAACAGAAAAAAUGGUUUCUUCUAAUGUAGGAAGUGUUGUAUGUGCACCAGCAUUCAGAAGUGCAUAUCUGAAUUUCAUUCAUAUCAGCAUUUUACAUGUUCCUAUUUUCACUUUCAGACUGAUUAUUUGAAUAGUAUGCUGAAACCUAGAGAAUGUAUGCUUGAGGUUUCAAAAUAGAGGAAAAAAGUAAUUUUUACAUCUAUACGCACAUAGCUGUGCCUCAAACACAAUCUACAAUUCAGCAAUCUUGAUAUAAAAUAGCAUUUCUUUUUACCUGUGAUUGUAUGGCUAAAGUCCCAUGAGAAUGCAAAGGCCUGGGAAGAUGAGAGUGCACUAUUUUCAAGUCAUCUGUUUUUCAUAAAUUCUACAGUUUUUUGAACACUUCAGAAAUGUGUCUGAUUUUAAUGACUUCUCUGUUAGCAAGUUGUCUGAUUUUUUUAAUAUAGAGGCUUUCAAAAAAGCAUGUCUUGGUACACUAGAAUCAACUUCUAGUUUGAGUCUCAGCUUUCAAUAUGUUAUCACUGGAAGGAUGUCUCUACUACAUCUGUAUUCAUUACAUGCAAUAGAUGCACUGUAUUUCCCUUACAAAAAUAAGUAGGUUACCUUUUUUCUUCACACUUUCAUGAUGGUCUAAUAGGCUACAAGAAUGAAAAGGGGAAAAAAAAAGAGAAAAAUGUUUUUUUCUUUUU